CGUCGACGGUGAACCGGCUGCGGUUAAACCUCUGCGUCCUUUCUUGGGGUUUCGCAGCCGAAACCCUCGGCAACCUUCGAUCUCUCUACGGUUACUUGGAGCUUCCGGCGGCGGGAGAGGAUGGCCUUGUCGAGAUUCUAUGCGAUUCGGCGCUUCCAGCGGUCAUUUCAAACUCCCCAUCUUCCCUCGGAGUAUUCGAUCUCUUUCGGCUCUUUCCAUAAAACUGAUGCGAUUUACUCCCACUUCCCUUGUAAUCUCUUCACUCCUCGAUCCUCUUCACACUUCCUCAGUUCAGGACUAGAAGGGUUUGUUCUCCGAAGAAGCAUCGUGAGUUGUUCUUGCACGAUUAGCAGCAUCCUUCGUCCGGAUGCUGCCAGAGAUGGGAGCGGUUUCACGUCACGGUCAUCCACGAAGGUUGCAGAGUUGACUAUCUGCUUCAAUGGUUCUAGAUCGAUGUCCAUUGUGAAAGCCCCCGCUGGAGCAAGACAGGUGUCUUUGAAGGUGACCAUGCUGAGCCCAGGAUUUGUCUAUGAACCAUAUACGCCUCGAGAACCUAUUUCCUUUUGGAGAAGAUGGUUCACGCGAAGUGGUUGGAGAAGAACUAAAGAGGAUUUAAUUAUGGAGAUGAAGAGUGCUUAUGCCAUCAACAGGUUGAGAAAAGUAGCUGGAUAUUCGAAGAAGCUUUUUUAUCAACACACCUUAAGAUUGUACAAAGAGAUUAAUACUUUGUUGGCAAAAGGAGACACUUCAUCUCUAAGGAAAGUUGUCACCGAAAAAAUGUAUUCGACCUUGAAGAAUGAGCUAAAACGAAGAGAAUCAAUGUGGAGUUCCGUUCACUGGGAAUUGGUUGAACCUGUGGUUAGUGUCCGAACAUUGCGGGCUCGAAUGAUUGCUUUGGACAAAAAUGAUCUUGAUAAGGCUUUUAUACAGAUGACACUUGAAAUAACUGCAAAGCAGGCUCAUUGGAGAGGGUUUGGGUUGGACCACAUUAUAACAGUCUACAAGCUAUUAAAGAGAGAAAGAGGGACAUACUUGAAUGGGGACUCUGCCCUUUCAGUAACAUUCAUCUCCUUUUAUUCCUCCUCUUUUUUUCUUCUCUAAUCGCCUCCUUUCUUCUAGAUUGUGACAUUGCUUGAGGAGCAGAAGAAAAAUUAAAUGAUUCUUGACCCGUAAACCCUAACUUAAAUAUAGACCAGAGUCUGGUUUAAAGGUUGAAUGGACAUCUCUCAAACUUUGAACUUGGUUCUGACCCUUGACAGCUUGAGAAAAGGUUACUUGUUUGUGCUGGUUUGAUGUCUGCUGCCUGCUUAAACUGUAAUACACCACUUGCACUAAUCCAUGCCCAGACUGUUAUACACCUUCCACAUAAGAUUAUUACAAGUUUUAAAAAUACGGUCUGGAUAUUUCUUAUACUAGAUAAUUAAAUUUGUUUUGAUAGUACAAAAUCAUGAUUUUGUAUUUUGGACUUGUAACCAUUUUAGCACUAUUCACCAGAGAAAUGCUGCUUCUGCUUUCUACCGAUAAAAUUUAUAACUUUGGUUGAGCUAGGCAAAACAAUAACAAGCCAUAGUGGGUGAACUAUUUGUGUUGGCUACAUGGGUACAAAGUCCAAACCAUACUAUUGGUUGAGAUUUACCAUAAAGAAAUUAUAUGCUUGACCUGAACCCAACCCAACCUUUAAAUGAGUUAAAAUUUCUUGACUUGGAACUGACUUGUGAGCCCAUUAGGUAAACAGGUCCAGUUCAAGUCAGGCCGAUUGACUCAAUGGGUUCUAGACUGGCUAAGUUGACAAACCACUUUUUGGGAUAACACGAUACUUGGAACAGGAAUAUCAGGCCUUGUUGACCAAAUAUAAAAUACUUUGUCUUGAUUGUUCUCCCAUAUGCUUGAUUUCUAAAUUUAUCUGCAUCCAUCUGUGAGGAGCUAAGCACUCAUAAUACUGAAUGGAACCUAAUUAUCAAAGUUAAAGAUCAAAGCUAAGGCCUUGUUGGCCAACAAAACUUGAUUUUUAUCCCAUAUAAUUUUAAGUUGUCUGCAUUGAUUCCUAAGGACCUAAACACUUAUAAUACCAAAUGGAAUUUUAUUGUCUAAGGUAAAGUUCAAACUCUUAUUUUUAAAUCUUUUACUAUUGCUUUGUUAAAAUUCAAGCCUGAGCAUGUUUAAGAAAAUAUAACUAAUAUGUAUGAUGAUAAUCAUCCUAGUUUGAUCUUGACAAGACGAUUUCUUAUACUAGAUAAUUAAAUUUCUUAUAACUAAUAUGUAUGAUGAUAAAAUAUAACUUUUAUUUCUUAUACUAGAUAAUUAAAUUUGUUUUGAUAGUACAAAAUCAUGAUUUUGUAUUUUGGACUUAUACCCAUUUUAGCACUAUUCAUCAGAGAAUUGCUGCUUCUGCUUGCUACCUACAAAAUUUACAACUUUGGUUGAGCUAGGCAAAACAAUAACAAGCCAUAGUGAGCCAACUAUUUGUGUUGGUUACAUGGGUGCAAAGUCCAAACCAUACUAUUGGUUGAGAUUUACCAUAAAGAAAUUAUAUGCUUGACCUGAACCCAACCCAACCUUUAAAUGAGUUAAAAUUUCUUGACUUGGAUCUAACUUGUGAACCCAUUAGGUAAACAGGUCCAGUUCAAGUCAAGCCGAUUGACUCAAUGGCUAAGUCGACAAACCACUUUUUGGGUAACACAAUACUUGGAACAGGAAUAUCAGGCCUUGUUGACCAAAUAUAAAAUACUUUGUCUUGAUUGUUCUCCCAUAUGCUUGAUUUCUAAAUUUAUCUGCAUCCAUCUGUGAGGAGCUAAGCACUCAUAAUACUGAACGGAACCUAAUUAUCAAAGUUAAAUAUCAAAGCUAAGGCCUUGUUGGCCAACAAAACUUGAUUUUUAUCCCAUAUAAUUUUAAGUUGUCUACAUUGAUUCCUAAGGACCUAAACACUUAUAAUACCGAAUGGAAUUUUAUUAUCAAAGGUAAAGAUCAAACUCUUAUUUUUAAAUCUUCUACUAUUGCUUUGUUAAAAUUCAAGCCUGAACAUGUUUAAGAAAAUAUAACUAGUGUGUAUGAUGAUAAUCAUCCUAGUUUGAUCUUGACAAGACAAUUUUCCCUUUUUUUUUCUCGAUGAACUAUUAUGUUGUGGCAUGGGCCACUAUUGAGAUAAUUUUCCGCUGGUGUCAUAUUAUAAUUGAAUGAGAAACUAUGAACUAUAUUGUUUCUCUUGUGACGUUCUAACUAUGUGUAUUAAGCCAUCUAUCAAAUGCCUAUUUUUGAUGUUUGAAUAUUUGCAUAUAGAUAUUUGUAACAGUGAUUAAAAAGCGCUAGGCGCCAAGGUCCCAAAAUUCCUAAGGCACUAGGUGCUCGCUCGAGCAAAGUGAGACACUCUGAAAUAUUAAAAUAUUAAAAUAUAUAAUAUAAUUAAUAAAUAUAUUAUAUAAAUAAAAAUACAACAUUAAACUAUUGUUAACUGUAACUAGAGGGGGAGAAAAGAACUGUUAAGUGGGGGAGAAAAAGUCAUCGACAAUGGAACUUUCGGACGAUAGCGACGGUGGUGAAGUUGCAGACGACAACAGCGACAACGAUAGAGGUUGCGAAUGGCGACAUCGUGAAGAGGAAGCUGUAGUCCUCUCCCUCGACGGUGGAAGGAACUACAUGGAAGCAACGGUGAUGGAAGGAAGCUGCGGACAAAGGCUAGGCCGUCGGACCUAUCAGUUGGCGAUAGAGGAAGCCUCAGUCCGCUGUGUCUGCGGCGGAGGUAGCGGUAGAAAGCAUCAGCGACGGAGGAAGAAGCUGCACUAGGGUUGAUGGCUCGGGGUCAUGCGGGGGUGCGGGGAGUGGCUUUUGCAGGUAAGAAAGUGGCUAGUUGGUUCAAUCGAACCAACUAGCCACAAUUGAAUUGAACUAGACUUAAAAGCCUGGUUCAGUUGCUUCGUUUGAACUGGACGCUCACCCGAGGCACUUAGCGCUUGGGUUCAGGCGACGCCUCACCGAAGCAUGCUACCUGGUCCACCCUUGAGGUGUUCAUGCCUCGCCUCGCCUCGCCUUGCUCGAGCGCCUAGGCGAGCGUUCGGGCACCUAUUUAAACCACUGAUUUAUAAUUUCUACAUUUGAUACAAACUGACAAUGGGGAUACUUGGUGAUGAAUUGUGUAUGUUGGGUUCCCUUUUAAUAUCCUUUAUUUCCACUUUUGGUUUUGCAUGUAAUUGUGGAUCUUCUUUUUAAACAUAAGGAAUAGGUUGGUCAGCUUUGUAAUCUCUCUAAUAUAUUGAGGUCAUUGAUGUUACUCCAGAUGAUGCUCAAUAUGUUUUCCUGAGUUCUCUUGACCUGGUU